AUGACACUCACCGAAAUGGCAACACAAGGACAGGACUCCCAGGGAACCCAACAAUCCCAAAGCAUGACGAAGAGAGCCGUCGUCUCUUCUUUCAUCUUUCGCUUCCCUCCAGGGCAGUCUACCAAGCCGUCCGUAGCGUUGUUCAAGCGGAGCGAGAAAGUGAGAACGUACCGCCAUCACCUUGCGCCUAUCUCCGGUAGCAUCGAUCCGACUGAUCCUGAUCCUCUCGCGGCGGCAUGGCGUGAAUUGUGCGAAGAGACCUCUCUCACUCCAUCGGAUCUCAGCUUCUGGCGCACCGGCAAGCCAUUCACCUUCAGCGACCCCUCCAUCGGCCGAGAAUGGACCAUUCAUCCGUUCGCGUUUCGUCUCAAAGACCCCGCAGAAGGGGGACGGGGGGGAGAGGCUAUUCGGACUGACUGGGAACAUGAAGGGUGGCAGUGGUACGAUCCUCGCGCGGUACUCGGAGACGAAAGCCUGAACACUGUUCCACGUCUACAAGACAGUUUAAGACGGGUCUGGUUCGAGGGCACAACCAACGAGCGAGCGGGAAAGGCUCUUGCGGCUGGUCUGGAACGACUGCGAGCGGACCAUGAGAGUGGCGCGCAUGAAUUGACGGCGAUAGCGCUCACGGUGUUCCGUGACUUCAUCGUGUACACGCAAAAUCACCUCGAUGCGGAAUGGUGGGAUAUGGUUCGAAUGGCAGCAUGGCAUCUUGUCAAGAACGGACGAGAAAGCAUGGGUGCAGCCACGCAGAACGCCGUUCUAUCUGUUCUAGCGGAGAUAGAAGAGAUCAUGGAGCAGAAGACCGGUGCCGAGCAGAAGUGGGAUCGGAUCCUGGCUCUGAUCGAUUUCCACCUGAGGAAUCGCACUGAUACUGCACAGCAGGUCAAAAAUUCCUUCAUCUCCUACCUUCAGUGCCACUUUUCGUCCAAUGGCACACAAAAGGAUCGGCUGACCAUGCUCACCAUAUCCUCCAGUUCGACUAUCCGGGACAGUAUCUUGGAAGCAUACGACGCGCUCGGGAUUCAAACACUUGAACUGCGGGUCCUCGAGUCGAGGCCGCUUUUCGAGGGUGCCAGCCUGGCCUCGUCGAUCCUGUCGGCGUUCAAAUCCCAGUCGAAGUCCCCCGACAAACACCUGCAUAUCACGAUGUACACCGAUGCAUCAGCUGCACUGGCCGCCAGAGACGUCGAUAUCAUCCUGCUCGGUGCAGACCGCAUUUCCGCCACCAAGGGUGUCAGCAACAAAACCGGAUCCCUGCCUUUGGUGCUCAGCGCGAAGUAUGUCACUCCAGGCGUGCGGGUUGUCGUGCUCAGCAACGUAGAGAAGAUUAAUGGAACGGCCGGAGUAAUUGACGACGGACUCGCCGAGGGCAAUGAUCCAUUUGAGGUGUCAAGUGCUUGGCGCAGCGACGGUGUCAAGGGUGUGCAGGUGCUAGAGAAUGGGAUGAGAGGCAGCAAGUCGGACCAGGAGAAUUCGUCUGUCACAGUGGCGAAUACCUACUUCGAAUGGGUUCCUCUGGACAUGGUGGAUGCCUUCAUCUGUGAAGAGGGAAUCCUUCAGAAGGAUAGUAUUGAGGAGAAGACCCGUGAUCUGAGAGAGAAGGCCGAUCGGUACUUUGGUAGUUUGUAA